AUGAAAACAAAAGAUGGUAAAAAGACAAAAUCCCAACUAUACAGUCAUAUUGCUUCCGCAAUCAUUCCAUCGGCAAGUAUUAUCGCUGUACCAUCUGUUGCACAAUAUUUUCCUCAACAAAAAAGUCAGGGAGAUGAAGAAUGGGGUCCAUUAGCAUCAACUCUUUUACGUGCUUCUUCUAUAAAUCAAUUACUUAUUCAACCAUCAACAACUAUUAAUAGAAAACAAGAAAAUGUUUCUCCUCGUCCUUCGCCAAGAACGACUCUGGGACGUAUGGAUGCAAGUACCGACGAGGAUGAAAGUGAUGAAGAAGGACAAAAACAAAAACAUCGAAAAUCAUCUCGUACUUCUCUUGUAAAAAAUAAUACAUCUCGAUCAGCAUCAUUAUCAGACGCUGAAAAACGAUUGUUUGGUCAUGUUGAUGAUGAUGAUGAUGAAGAAUCAACAACCACUGCUCACUCAGAUCCUAAAAAAGCACUUACUGCUGAAUUAUCACGAUCAGUAGAUGAAAAAACUCCAAAACGAACAGCGAUUUCUCCAUUAGUUUUCAGUCCUGUACAAAGUCAAGCAGAACCAAACUCACGUAGAGGUGGUACUGGUGCGAUGAACCCUGGUGCAGAAUCAAAAUCAAUAACAACUGCACGUUCAUCUCUUAAUGAUACAACAAGUGUACCAGUCAGUGCUCGAUCUGUGUCAUUUAAAGAACCAGUGGCUUAUGAAAAAGAUGAAACACCAUCAUCGAAAUCUCAAGAUUCAACAACUGUUCUUGAAACUAAUAGAAAAUCUGUAUUAGAUAAACUUGUUUUACCACCACCUGAAGAUUAUCAACAAAAUGUUAAUGACCUUGAACAUCGCAAUCAAUUAUUAAACGAUGAAAUUCAACAAGUUCGAUCAAAUAAUCGAAAUCUUCAAAAACAAUAUGAAGAAUUACUUGAUCGAUUACAAACAUCUCAAAAACUUUCACAACGAGAAUUAAGUGAUUUAUUAAAACAAUCUGGACGUGAUCAAACAAAAGGUUUAGAAGAUUUAAAUACAACAUUACAAAAUCGAUGUGAUCAAUUACAAAAUGAAUUAACUGCUAUGAAAGAUCGAUAUGCACAAGAUCAAAAUCAUUCGAAUACACGAGAACUUAAAAAUGAAAAUCAUUUUCUUAAAGAUUAUAUUCAUCGUUUGAAUGUUGCCUCAAGUGAAUAUCAAACGACACAUCCACCAAAAACUUUACAAACAGAUAUGAAUAAAGAACAACGUAAAAUGCAAGCUCUACCAAUGAAAGGACCAUCACCAAUUUGGCUGCUUAAUCAAAAAUUUCUUGCACCACUUUUUGUUUGUUAUGAUGAAAAAUUAUUUGAAAAAGAUGCAUUCAUUAAAAAACUUCAAACACAACUUAAUGAAUUACAUGAUCAAGUUAAAAUAAUUACAAAUGAAAAUAUUUCAUUACAUGAACGUCUUGCUCGAUCAACACUAUCGGAAAAAAACGAUCCACAUAUAUCUGAUAUUGAACAUAUUAAACGACAAGCUUAUCUCGUCUUAGAAGAAAAUAAAGUUUUACAGGAACAACUCAAUUUACAAACUAAUCGAUUAACCGAUGUACAAAAAACACAAAUUCAAGAAGUUUCGAAUUUAACUCGACGUUUAAUGGUUGUUGAAAGUGAGAAAACGGAAAGUGAUCGUAUACUUGAAACAAUUCGAAUAAGAAAUGAAGAUUUAAAACGAAAAUAUGAUCAAUUAAUGCUUGAUAGCAAUCAUAAAAUACAUGUUCAAGAACAUAUGCAAGAAAUAAGUGAAAUGAAACGAUUAACAGAUGAAUUAAGUGAAAAACAUGCUCAUGAAAUGCAAUUACUUCUUCGUCGAGUACAGGAUGCUGAAGCAGCAAAACGAAUAUGUCAAUUAAAAUUAACUGAACAUCGCAGUGAUAUUGAACGUUUUAAAGGUGAAAUAAAAGUAUUAAAAAAAUUAAAUAAAAAAUUACAAUUACGUGUUCAAACAUAUGAGAAAAAACUUGAAUUACAACAAAUUAAAGAACAACGAAUAACAACGAUGUUAGAAAAAAGUACUGAAGAUUAUGAAGAAACAAAACUUGAACGUGAUACUUAUCUAACAUUGGCAAAAACUAAAGAAGAUGAAAUGAAUAAAACACAAAUACGAUUGAAUGAAGAAGCUGAAAAGUUAGCUCAACUUGAAGAACGUUUAGAAAAUUAUAAAAAUAAAAAUAAAGAACGUACUAAUGAACCGCAAGAACAAUGGAAAAAACAAUCGGAUAAUUUAAAAUUACGUUGUUUAGAACAUGAACAACGUAUUCAACAACUUGUUAGUUUAUUAAAUGAAAAACAAAUACUCAUAGAUGAACUUCAUGCUGAAAAACGAAAUCUUGAAGUUGAUCUUGAAACUGUCUGGCAAACAACAAAUGCCGAUAGUAUGCGCAUACGUGAACAUUUAUAUGAUAGGAGAAUAACGAGCUAG